UUUACCCGGAAAUAUAGCAAAACCGUUGCUCCCGUAACACUGCUUUAAGAUGGCUUUCAGAACUGGAUAUGUUAUCAACUACCUUCUAAUCAUUUUGUUUGAAAACCGGUCUUAAUCGGAUAACGUGUAAAGCUUAGGAUUUAAAAGGGUCUGGCCACUGCAAGUGGCGUCCGAUCUCGGCGACACCUGCAGUUUCCCUGCGACGUUUUGCACGGCGCUCGAUACAGUGCUGUUAAGCUGGCUGUAGUGUUGAGUUUGUAAAUAUUAUCAGAUCUCCGAUCACAUCAGACUCCAGCUAGAUCGGUGCUUCUGUUAAAAUGGCCACCAUGGAGAAGCUGAUGAAGGCGUUUGAGUCGCUCAAGUCCUUCCAGCAGCAGCAAGGCCCGCUGUCGGCCGAGGAACUCGUCCAGAAACAGAAAAAAGACCUUGGUACAAGCAAGAAGGAUAGAGUGACUCAUUGCCUGACGAUUUGUGAAAACAUCGUAGCACAGUCACUGAGAACUUCUCCAGAGUUCCAGAAACUUCUUGGAAUUGCCAUGGAAAUGUUCUUGCUGUGCGCAGAUGACAGGGAGUCUGACGUUAGGAUGGUGGCGGAUGAGUGCCUGAACAAAAUCAUCAAAGCAUUAAUGGAUUCUAACUUGCCUAGAUUGCAGCUCGAACUGUACAAAGAGAUUAAAAAGAAUGCUGCCUCUCGGAGUCUGCGGGCGGCCCUGUGGAGGUUUGCUGAGCUUGCUCACCUGGUGCGUCCACAGAAAUGCAGGCCAUACCUUGUGAACCUGCUGCCAUGUCUUACUCGAAUCACAAAACGACAGGAGGAGACUGUGCAGGAAACUCUUUCAUCAUCAAUUCCUAAAAUUAUGGCUUCUCUCGGGCACUUUGCUAAUGAUGGAGAAAUUAAGGUGUUGCUGAAGGCCUUUGUUGCCAAUCUGAAGUCCAGUUCUCCCACUAUUCGUCGCACUGCAGCCAGCUCUGCUGUCAGUGUGUGUCAGCACUCACGCAGAACACACUACUUCUACACCUGGCUCCUCAACGUGCUGCUUGGUUUGGUGGUGCCGGUGGAUGAGGAGCAUUCCACUCACCUAAUUCUGGGUGUGUUACUGACUCUCCGUUACCUGAUGCCUCUUCUGCAGCAGCAGACUCCUAACACCAGUCUGAAGGGCAGCUUUGGUCUUGUUCGUAAAGAGGCAGAUGUCUCCCCAUCCCCUGAGCAGCUCAUACAGGUGUACGAGUUGACCCUGCACUACGCACAGCACUGGGAUCAUAAUGUAGUGACCGCGUCUUUGGAGCUUCUGCAGCAGGUGUUUCGCACUCCUCCCCCUGACCUCCUGAAUGCUCUCAUCACAGCGGGCAAAAUAACACACACGAGCGUCUUCAGAGAAGAGAUGGAGUCGCGGGCACGCAGUGGCAGCAUCCUUGAACUUAUUGCUGGUGGGUCAACAUGCAGUCCUCUUCUCCUCAGGAAGCAGAAAGGUAAACUGUUGUCAGGUGAGGAAGAGGGUUUGGAGGACGACCCUGAGCGGGCAGAGGUCACCACUGGGUCUUUCACUGCCUCAGUGGGAGGAGAUACCUCCAGCGAAGCUCAAUCCUCAUCAGGCGUUUCGUCUCUUGGCACUUCUGACAUCAUCACCGAGCAGCCACGCUCCUCCCAGCAUGCCUUGCAGCCGGGUGACUCAGUAGACCUGAGCAACUCCGAGCAGCCUGAUUCUCCAGACGCUGAAGAUGAGGAGGACAUGCUGAGCCGUAGCUCGAGCGGAGGCGCGGGAGUCGUCAGCACAUCCGCUGACUUAAUAUCCGAUGGCAACCAGAUGUCGACGGGAGCCGCUUCAUCAUCGCCCCCUAGUGACAGUUCCCAGACGACAACGGAGGGGCCGGACUCCGCCGUGACGCCUUCAGAUUGCGCAGAGCUCGUGUUGGAUGGCAGUGAAAGUCAGUACUCAGGGAUGCAGAUCGGCACGCUGCAGGAUGAGGAAGAAGAGGGAGCGGCGCCACCCGACAAACCUCCGGAGCCUUUCUCUCAGUCUGCCCUGGCUUUAAGUAAACCCCACCUUCUGGAGGGCAAAGGUCACAACAGGCAGUCAUCUGACAGCAGUGUGGAUCGAUUUAUACCAAGAGAAGAGGUUCUGGAACCGGCAGAACUUGACAACAAGCCAUCACGGAUUAAAGGAGAUAUUGGUCACUACACUGACCCAAAGGAAGAGCCUCUUAUCCACUGUGUCCGGCUGCUGGCUGCCUCCUUUCUGCUCACUGGCCAAAGAAACGGGCUGGUUCCUGAUAAUGAGGUACGUGUGAGCGUGAAGGCCUUAGCUGUCAGUUGUGUGGGGGCAGCAGCCGCUCUUCUGCCUGAAACUUUCUUCAACAGACUAUAUCUGCACCCACUAGACUGUCAACAACCAGACGAGCAACAGUACAUCAGUGAUAUACUGCAGUACAUUGAACACGGGGACCCUCAGAUCAGAGGGGCCACAGCCAUCCUCUGUGGUGCUUUAAUCCAAGCCAUCCAACUAAAGACACGAUACAACACAGAGACGUGGCUGUCUCAGAUCCACACCAUCACAGGAAACUCUGUGUCACUCGAAGACUUUGUGCCUUUGCUGCAGCGCAGUUUGAAAGAUGAAUCAUCGGUCACUUGUAAAAUGGGGUGUGCUGCUGUUAGGCACUGUAUAAUGGCGCUGUGUAAUGGCAGUCACAGUGAACUUGGUCUGCAGCUUCUCAUUGACCUCUUGACCUUGAAGGAUUGCUCUUAUUGGCUGGUCCGCACUGAGCUGCUUGAGACGCUUGCUGAGAUUGACUUCAGGUUAAUAAGUUUUUUGGAGAGAAAAACUGAGAAGUUGCAUAAAGGAGAGCAUCACUACACUGGGUUGUUGAGACUGCAGGACCGAGUGGUAAAUGAUGUUGUGCUGUACCUGUUGGGCGACGAUGACCCACGAGUAAGACACGUGGCAGCAAACACCAUCAGCAGGCUGGUGUCCAGAUUGUUUUAUGACUGUGACCAAGCUCAGUCGGAUCCGGUUGUGGCUAUAGCCCGAGAUCAGAGCAGCUGGUACCUACAGCUGCUGAUGCACGAGACCCAACCGCCAUCACAGUUCACUGUCAGCACCAUCACGCGGACGUACAGAGGAUACAGUCUGUGUCAGAGCACACCAGACGUGACCAUUGACAACAACCUGUCACGGGUCAUCACAGCCAUAUCUCACGCCCUCACCUCUUCUACUUCCAGAGCCAUGACUUUUGGCUGUUGUGAGGCUCUGUGCCUUUUAUCCAGCACUUUCCCAGUGUGCACCUGGAGCACCGGCUGGCACUGUGGCUUUGUGAGCUCAUCUGGCUUUCAUCUCAAUCGAUCCAGCCAGCACCGCAGCCGAGGACGCUCCUUCAGCCUUUCUCAAUCUGGCAGUAAUGAGGACGUGCGCAGGUCUUUGACGGUAGGCGUGGCCAAUAUGGUUCUGUCUCUCCUCUCUUCCGCCUGGUUCCCCCUUGAUCUCUCCGCCCAUCAGUCUGCUCUGCUCCUGGCCGGAAACCUUCUUGCAGCUGUUGCACCAAAGUGCAUGAAGAGCCCAUGGGCGAGUGAGGAGGAGCCUAACCCCACCCCCUCCAAGCAGGAAGAGGCGUGGCCUGCUAUUAACGACCGCGCUCUGGUUGCUAUGGUGGAGCAGUUGUUUUCACACCUGCUGAAGAUCCUCAACAUCUGCUCCCAUGUGUUGGAAGAUACACCUCCAGGUCCUGCUGUCAAGGCAACUUUACCCUCAUUGUCCAACACACCAUCUCUUAGUCCGAUCAGACGUAAAGGUAAAGAGAAAGACAUGACAGAGCAGAGCUCCACCCCCAUGAGCCCAAAGAAGGGAGGAGAGACCAAUACAGGCAGAGCAGCGGACAGCACAGCGACCGCAGUGGUUAACAAAUCCACUACUCUCGGCAGCUUUUAUCACCUCCCUACGUAUCUAAAGCUUUAUGAUGCCCUGAGAGCUACGCAUGCCAACUUCAAAGUGACAUUAGACCUCCACAAUACCAAUGAGAAGUUUGGGAGUUUCUUGAGGUCAGUGCUUGAUGUCCUUUCCCAGGUUCUUGAGCUGGCCACCCUCACCGACAUAGGCAAAUGUGUUGAAGAGAUCCUGGGUUACCUCAAGGCCUGUUUUUCACGGGAACCCACCAUGGCCACUGUUUGCGUCCAACAGCUGUUGAAGGCAUUGUUUGGGACCAAUCUUGCAUCUCAGUACGAGGGGUCCUCAUCUAACCCGUGUCGGACCCAGGGCAAGGCCCUUCGGCUUAGCUCUAGCAGCAUGAGGCCUGGCCUUUAUCACUACUGCUUCAUGGCUCCAUACACGCACUUUACCCAGGCCCUCGCAGACGCCAGUCUUCGAAACAUGGUGCAGGCCGAACAAGAACAGGAUGCCUCUGGGUGGUUUGAUGUCAUGCAAAAAGUGUCCAAUCAGCUGAGGUCGAGCAUUACCAAUGUCACACGGCAUCGAGGAGAUAAGAAUGCGAUUCACAAUCACAUCCGCUUGUUUGAGCCUCUGGUUAUAAAGGCUUUGAAGCAGUACACCACCAGCACUUCUGUGGCCCUGCAGAGACAGGUACUGGAUCUACUCGCCCAACUGGUGCAGCUGAGAGUCAACUACUGCCUGCUGGACUCCGAUCAGGUGUUCAUUGGUUUCGUGCUAAAGCAAUUUGAGUACAUUGAAGUAGGGCAGUUCAGGGACUCGGAGGCAAUUGUGCCCAACAUUUUUUUCUUCCUGGUUUUGCUGUCAUAUGAGCGCUACCACUCCAAACAGAUCAUCAGCAUCCCCAAGAUCAUUCAGCUCUGUGAUGGUAUUAUGGCCAGUGGCAGGAAGGCGGUAACGCACGCAAUCCCUGCUCUGCAGCCCAUUGUGCACGACCUGUUUGUCCUGCGGGGCUCCAAUAAGGCGGAUGCAGGGAAAGAGCUGGACAUCCAAAAGGAAGUGGUGGUAUCCAUGCUGCUGCGUCUCAUUCAACACCAUCAGGUGCUGGAGAUGUUUAUUCUGGUCCUACAGCAGUGCCAUAAAGAGAAUGAAGAUAAGUGGAAGAGGCUUUCAAGACAGAUCGCUGACAUCAUCCUGCCAAUGAUUGGCAAACAGCAGAUGCACCUGGACUCCCAUGAGGCAUUGGGCGUGUUAAACACACUUUUUGAGUCGGUGGCUCCCUCCUCACUGCGGCCGGUGGACAUGCUACUGAAGAGCAUGUUCAUCACACCACCCACACUAGCAUCAGUGGGCACACUGCAGCUGUGGGUAUCCGGGAUUCUCGCCGUCCUGCGUGUUCUCAUCUCACAGUCCACAGAGGACAUCAUUCUGUCACGCAUUCAGGAGCUUUCACUAUCGCCAUACCUCCUCUCAUCUGCCACCAUCCAUCUUCUCCGUGACGAUGACCCCUCACCCCCCGUGGCCCCACCCGCUACUACAGAAGAGGCCGAUGGGGAGCCUCAGCGUUUCCCUCCUGAGGAAACCUUUGCCAGGUUCUUACUGCAGUUGGUGGGGGUGUUGCUGGAUGAUAUAGCCAGUAAGCAGGUGAAGGUUGACAUGAGUGAGCAACAGCACACGUUCUACUGUCAGCAGCUGGGCACGUUACUCAUGUGUCUGAUUCACAUCUUUAAAUCAGGAAUGUUCCGGCGAAUCACUGCGGCAGCCAGCAGACUGCUCAAAGCGGAGGGAGGAGAGGGGGGUAGUUUUUAUACCCUCGAUGGUCUGAACACCCUUGUUCUUCACCUCAUCACCACACACCCAUCCCUGGUCCUGCUCUGGUGUCAGGUCCUUCUCAUCAUCAACUACACCAACUACACCUGGUGGUCUGAGGUGCAUCAGACCCCCAGGAGGAAUAGUCUGUCUAGCACUAAGCUGUUGAGCCCACAUUCAUCUGGAGAAGAGGAGAGGCCUGAGGGGAAACUAGCCAUGUGUAACAGAGAGAUUGUUCGGCGAGGAGCCCUCAUCCUUUUCUGUGACUACGUGUGUCAAAACUUGCACGACUCUGAGCAUCUGACGUGGCUGACGGUGAAUCACGUGAGUGACCUGAUCAGUCUUUCCCAUGAGCCUCCAGUGCAGGAUCUCAUCAGCGCCGUGCACCGAAACUCUGCGGCUAGCGGCCUCUUCAUUCAGGCUAUACAAUCACGCUGUGACAACCUCUGUACUCCUGUGAUGCUGAAGAAGACCUUGCAGUGUUUGGAGGGAAUUCAUCUGAGUCAGUCUGGGGCUCUGCUCAUGUUGUAUGUGGACAAACUCCUUAACACACCGUUCCGUGUGCUGGCUCGCAUGGUGGACACGCUCGCCUGCAGACGCGUGGAGAUGCUGCUUGCCGAGACUCUACAGAAUAGUAUAGCUCAGUUACCUCUGGAGGAGUUGGACAGAAUUCAACAGUACCUGCAGACCAGUGGUCUCGCGCAAAGGCAUCAGCGGUUCUACUCCCUGCUGGACAGGUUCAGAGCCACUGUUGCUGAAGAUACCACAAGUCCUGCCGCCCCCAUUACCUCACACCCACUGGAUGGGAACCCACCACCUCCCCCUGAAAAUGUUGAACCUAAUAAGGAGUGGUAUGUCGAACUGGUAAAAGCUCAGUGUUGUUUGAGAGGUGAAGGAGCGUUAUAUGAAACCACAGAGCUGCUGACCAAACUUCCCCAAUCAGAUCUAAAUGACAUAAUGACCUGCAAGGACUUUAAUCUGUCUCUGCUGGCAUCAUGUCUGAGUGUUGGUGUACAGCGGAUGUGUAAGGAUCAUGGGGCGGUAUUAUUUGAGACUGCUCAGCAGGUGGCCUUUGAGCGAUUGGCCGGUGUUAUAGAGCUCCUCCCCUCCCCUCACCAACCUCUCCUCCCCUUAUCCAAAUCCUGUGAGGACUCCUACAGGGAGAAACUCAAUCAGGUGUAUGGUGAGCCCGGGUUUUAUCAGACUGUGUUGAGUCUGUGUGGGGUGUUGAGUCAGUAUUUACUGUCUCUGUCCAAACUACCCUCAUCCCUGAACAUUCCCAAAGACAGAGAGACACUCAUUGCCACCUUCAGCACCCUCGCCAUAGAGGUGGCGGUGUGGCGUUUGCUGCAGGAUCAGCUGCCUCUGAGUGUGGACAUUCAGAUGAGUUUAUCAUGUCUGUGUUUAGCUCUCCAGCAGUCAGUGGUGUGGACACACUUUGCCUCCCGGUCCUACCUCACACACACCUGCUCUAUAAUCCACUGUAUACAACUCCUUAUACAUGCAGUCGCUGUUGGUCCUGGUGACCAGCUUCUUAGGCCGGAGAGGAAAACAACACGUUCAGAUCAGUCAGAAGAUGACCAGUUGGACUCUGCGUCAGACAAUCGGUGUGAAUGGCAUUGUUGUGAGAUCAUGGCUGAACUGGUUGAAGGUCUGCAGAGUGUCCUCGCUCUCGGUCACCACAGAAACAAAAACAUCCCAGCGUUCCUUACUCCUGUCCUCCGGAAUGUCAUCAUCAGUCUGGCCAGGCUACCCCUUGUAAACAGCUACACGAGAAUCCCACCGCUGGUUUGGAAACUGGGCUGGUCCCCCAGGCCUGGUGGAGAGUUGGGUACAGCUUUGCCAGAGAUCCCUGUAGAGUUCCUGCAGGAGAAAGAUGUCUUCAGAGAAUUCCUCUACCGCAUUAACACUCUUGGCUGGAGCAGUCGGACACAAUUUGAGGAGACAUGGGCCACUCUGUUGGGGGUGCUGGUCACUCAGCCAAUCGCAAUGGACCAAGAGGAGGAGACCCAGCAGGAGGAGGAUCUGGAGAGGACACAGAUAAAUGUACUAGCGGUUCAGGCAAUUACCUCUCUGGUGCUAAGUGCCAUGACUUUACCAACAGCAGGAAAUCCUGCCAUCAGCUGCCUUGAACAACAACCCCGCAACAAAAUCCUUAAAGCUCUAGACACUAGAUAUGGUCGCAAGCUGAAUGUGAUUAGAGGAAUGGUUGAGCGUGAGAUUCAGGCCAUGGUGUCAAAGCGAGACAACAUCGCCACACACUUCCCAUAUCAGGCCUGGGACCCCGUGCCAUCAUUAUCAUCAUCGACUGCUGGAACCCUCAUCAGCCAUGAGAAACUUCUACUGCAGAUAAACACAGAGAGGGAGAUGGGAAACAUGGAAUACAAACUGGGUCAGGUGUCGAUUCACUCAGUGUGGUUGGGGAAUAAUAUUACCCCUCUGAGGGAGGAGGAGUGGGGUGAAGAUGAGGAAGAUGAAGGAGAUGUUCCAGCACCUGCCUCACCUCCAGUGUCACCAAUUAACUCCAGGAAGCACCGUGCAGGGGUUGACAUCCACUCUUGCUCCCAGUUUCUCUUGGACCUCUACAGCCAGUGGAUUUUACCCGGAAGCCCCAGCAGCAGAAAGACACCUGUUGUACUUGUCAGUGAAGUGGUCAGAUCGCUGCUGGCAGUGUCUGAUCUCUUCACAGAGAGAAAUCAGUUUGAUAUGAUGUUCUCGACUCUGACCGAGCUCCAGAAGGUCCAUCCACCAGAAGAUGAGAUCCUCAAUCAGUAUCUUGUACCAGCUAUCUGCAAAGCAGCUGCUGUUCUGGGAAUGGAUAAAGCCAUCGCAGAGCCAGUGUGUCGCCUGUUGGAGAGCACCUUGCGCAGCACUCAUCUGCCCAGUAGGAUUGGGGCACUACAUGGAGUUCUGUAUGUACUAGAAUGUGAUCUACUGGACGAUACAGCACGCCAGCUUAUACCAACUGUCAGCGACUACCUGCUCUCCAACCUCAAAGCUAUUGCUCACUGCGUGAACCUACAGAACCAGCAGCAUGUGCUGGUGAUGUGUGCCGUGGCCUUUUACAUGAUGGAGAAUUACCCUCUGGACGUAGGGUCAGACUUUAAUGCCGGGAUCAUUCAGCUGUGCUGUGUGAUGCUUUCCACUAGCGAGGAGGCCACACCGUCCGUUAUCUACCACUGUGUUCUGCGAGGUUUGGAGCGAUUGCUUCUGUCCGAACAGCUGUCACGCAUGGACGCAGAGACGCUGGUCAAGCUGAGCGUUGACCGCGUGAACAUGCCCAGUCCACACCGCGCCAUGGCUGCCCUGGGUCUCAUGCUCACCUGCAUGUACACAGGUGUGGCUGGAGAGGAAGGAAAAGAAAAGGGAAGUCCUGGGUGCCCUGCCGAUACAGACCCCACAGCUCCUGACAGCGAAUCUGUAAUUGUUGCCAUGGAGCGCGUAUCUGUACUCUUUGACAGGAUUCGCAAAGGCUUUCCAAGUGAGGCACGUGUGGUAUCCCGGAUUCUUCCUCAGUUUCUGGAUGACUUUUUCCCACUGCAGGACGUUAUGAACAAAGUCAUCGGAGAGUUCCUGUCCAAUCAGCAGCCUUACCCACAAUUUAUGGCAACUGUGGUUUAUAAGGUAUUUCAAACACUGCAUGCGACUGGCCAGUCCUCCAUGGUUCGUGAUUGGGUGCUGCUCUCUCUGUCGAACUUUACACAGAGAACACCUGUCGCAAUGGCAAUGUGGAGCCUGUCUUGUUUCUUUGUUAGCGCCUCUACCAGCCAGUGGAUCUCUGCCCUCCUGCCUCAUGUCAUCAGUCGCAUGGGGAAGUCAGACACAGUGGACAUUAGCCUCUUUUGUCUCGUCGCUAUGGAUUUCUACCGACACCAGAUCGAUGAAGAGUUAGACCGCAGGGCCUUCCAGUCUGUCUUUGAAAUGGUUGCGUCUCCUGGUAGUCCAUAUUACCAACUGUUGUGCUGUUUGCAGAGCAUUCACCAAGACACGUCAUUAUAAUACAGAGCAGAGUAAAAAUAUUUCACAUCAAUUUGUCAUCAAUAAGAUGGUAACAAAUAUGGCCAAUACACUAAAUUGAACCGGGACGUUAAGUGUUAACGUUACACACCGGGCAGCGAGAAAUUAUCUUGGAUUGGAUAUGUGGAGGUGGAUUGGUUGCUAUGGCAGUAUCCACGAUAUAUAUAAAGACAUAUUGGCCCAAAUAGUUAUUAGAGACCUAAACAAAGACACACAUCCACUGAAUGUUGCCACUAAGUGUAAACCAAAAUACAUCUGAAUGCAAGUAACACCACUAGUCUUUAUAAUAAUUAAAAAAUACUACAACCAUCAAAACAAUGGACUUUAGAGUGUAACAGUAUAUAGCCUUUUCUUUUCCAUAGUCUGUUCAUCUAAAAUCUGUGGCAAGACAGCACAGUGUAAGUAUGCACUAGUUGCAGUUGUUUUCUGUUAUGCAGUCUAAACUGACAAUGUAUCUCAUUAGUAAAGACUAGGUACUAAUAAACUGACUAAAUGUUGCAAAGAAUGUGGAUUCAGACACUACAGAGAUACAUAAAGUUGCACGCAGUGGUUGAUUUCCAAUUUCCAGUUGGUUUUUCAUACAGUUUCCAUCUCCACAAAUCCAAAUUCUCCUGCUCCCACGAAAAUUAAAGAUGUUCUUUACAGACCCACCACCACUCCCCCAGUUUUAAAUCAUUCCUGUUGCAUGGGUGACACAUUAUUUUGCUCUGUGUUUGCCAGCACUUGAAACAAAAUAGAAAUAUAUAAAUUGUAAAAUGAGUCUGUAUAUCCCCUUUAAUGUGGGAGAUGUUGGAAUGACAAGAGUUUUGUGUAUUUAAAGAUGCUUUGUGUUUGAUGGCAGUGCAGCGUUUGCACUGAAAGAGGUUUGAAUUGUCUAAAACAAAUACGAUUUUUUUCCUCUUUAAAUUUAGUUGUCUAUAUUUGUUGUUUUAAAGUUACAAUUUAUUUGUUUUUAAACAGAGGAUGUGAAUCUCUAAAGCCCUUUGUAUGGUUUGAAAUCGUUAAAAUAGCAGCUCGGAUCUGUAUGACAUAAUGUGUAAUUUACAACACAUUUAUCUUCAAUUGUUUAUAACAUUUCUUUUAAGAGCUCAGGACGUUGAUCUAGUGUAAUGACGAAGUAUGCGUUUUAAUCUAUAGAGUGUUUACAUCAUGUACAAUUUGUGUAAAAGAAAUAAUAUUUGUGAUGAGUUGAAUAAAAUGUGGUGCAUGACAACACCCAUCAAUGGAGAUUAGAUGAUGUAAAGAAAGGGGCCAUUCAAACCGAAUGUGCGCAAUAACCCAGCUUUUUCUCUUUCGGACGUGGGGGAAACAUUAUAUUUUGUCUCUGUGGCAUAGGUCCCUUCGCUGUAAAUAGAUA